AUGGGCUUAAUUCAAAGUCGCCGCAGUAACGGAUCUCCGGAGUCGGAUCAGACCAGUAGUAACAUCUACAAAUAUCCACCAAAAACUGGAAACUAUUUUGGCAGCCAUUUUUACAUGGGUGGGGAAAAGUUUGAUGCCAUGCGUCCAGACGCCUUCCUGUUUGGAGAAAAUGAAGAUUUGAAUUUCCUUGCUAACAAAUUAUUUUCUUACUCAUUCACAGCUCCACAAACGAACGAACCGAUAAAAACGUUGAAAAGCCUAAUCAACAUUAGGAAAGAUUCUCUCAAGUUUUAUACUAAAGUCUACUUUACGUCACCGCAACUACAACAACAACAAACGACAACACAAACCUUGUAUAAUAUUGAAUUCACUUUUGACUCUGACGUCAAGUGCGCCAUUACCAUCUACUACUUCGCCACUGAGGACUUUGUAGACAAGCAAGUUGUAUACAAGCCCAGAGAUCCCGAUAUGAAUUCAGAAACUUUCCAUUAUAAGAGGGGGUCCAAUCAGGUUUUCAGCCAGUCAACCCACAUCGUCGACCCGAGCAAGUUUCCUGACUCGCAGUGGCAAUAUGACCCAGUAAAAGAAACCAUACCCAUUGUCAUACAGUGCGAUGCCGAAGACGAGGAGCACGUUGGUCACUCGCAUAUAUUAUAUGCUGUAGUGGACAAGAUAGUUGAUGGCAGUUACAUUUUGAGGCCAUUAAAACAGAAGCAGAUGAUGAACGGUCUUUGUUAUCUUCUACAGGAAAUCUAUGGCAUCGAAAACAAAAACACUGAAUCGGCCAAGCCGGACGAAGACAUAGACGAUAAUGGAUCUGAAUGCAUCAUAUGCAUGUGUGAGCCAAGAGAUACGGUCAUCCUACCAUGCAGGCAUCUAUGUCUUUGUAAUGUCUGUGCUGAUAAUCUUAGAUACCAGGCCAACAACUGCCCCAUAUGUCGAGCCAAGUUUCGCGCCCUCUUACAAAUAAGGGCUAUUCAAAAGAAGAAGCCAGCCAGUGUAGCUGCAGCAACGGCCACUGCAGCUGCUCGUGACGUAGGCUCGGGUGACACGUCAUCGGCCCUGUCGACCAAUCAGGAUGGAGUACCGCCGGGCUACGAAGCCGUCUCAUUGGUCGAAGCACUUAAUGGCCCCACCCUUCCACAUCGGGCUAGACAGGUGAUGGUGAUGAUGAUGACAAUUAUUAUUAUUAUUAUUAUUAUUAUUAUUAUUAUUAUUAUUAUUAUUAUUAUUAUUAUUAUUAUUGUCAUUAUUACUGUUGCUAGGUGA